AUGGAACAUGUCAGGAAUAUCUCGGUACCAAGAGAGUUCCAUCUCCUAGUCUUUUCCAACUCUGAAGAACAUUGUUAUAUUAUUUCUAUUGGGCUGUUACUGAUGUACCUACUGGCUGUGCUAGGGAACUUGCUGAUUAUUGUGCUUGUGUGCCUGGUACCCCAACUGCACACCCCCAUGUACUUCUUCCUGUGCAACCUGGCAGCCCAGGACAUUGUCUCUGCCUCUGCUCUACUGCCCAAGCUGAUGGCCAUUAUCUUUACAGGGGUAAAGAGCAUUUCUUUUUAUAGUUGCAUGGCACAGCUAUUUCUUUAUGUAUCUAGCAGUGAUUUUCCCCUAUUAGCCAUUAUGGCCUAUGACCGAUAUGUGGCUAUUUGUAUCCCUCUGCGUUAUCACCUCAUUAUGAACCCAAGGUUCUGCAUCCUGUUAAUGGCAAUGUCUUGGAUUUUCUGUGUCACCAAUGGAUUGUGCUAUACUUCACUUGCAUCUCGUUUGUCUUACUGCAGGCUUAAUAUAAACCAUAUAUUUUGUGAAAUUGUAUCCUUGGUAAAGCUUUCCUGCAGUGAUACAAGCCUCAUAAAUACAUUAAUAAUAGUCGAUGUACCAUUAAUAGGAAUGUUUCCAUUUGGGUUGAUCCUAACAUCCUAUGCCUACAUCAUAUAUACCAUCCUGAAGAUGAGAACCUCAGCUGCAAAGCUCAAGACGUUCUCCAGCUGUUCCUCACAUCUCACAGUUGUAUUGCUGUAUAGCGGUACAUGCAUCAGCUUGUACAUGAAACCAGUCUCAGAAAACUCUCAAGAAGUAGACAAGCUGCUUUCCCUGAUUUACUUGGGUUUUAUCCCAAUGCUAAACCCACUGGUGUACAGUCUCAGAAACAGGCAGGUCCUGUCUGCUGCAAAAAUAGUAUUUACCAAAUAUUUUUUGAAUUCUGUGGAAAAUUAA